CGCUGAUCAGCUGCUCUCUGCGGAUAUCGGAGCUCAGCGGGGAGUCAGCAGUGUCCUCAACGGCUCACAGCCUCCGACAACCGCUGAAGUCACGGCCUCCUCGCCGCUGACAGCUCCCCAGCGACUGACCGUUUCAUACCGUGUUUCCAGGGAUGAGAAAGCGGAACAGCUCUGCGCCUGUGGAGCAUGACAGCGACGCGGACCUGAAGCAGCAGCAGCAGCCCGCGAGGAGAGCAGGGGAGCCGGCGUCAGGCAGCCGCCACGGCCCGGGAGAGGAGCGGAGCAUGGGCAAAGUGUACCGGAGGUGGGGUGUGGCCCGGAAGCUGAGAAGGACGGCGCUGUGGCUGCUGCUCGUCUACGUCUCCGUCCCCUUCAUCGUCAAACUGUGUCCGUCCAUCCAGGCCAAACUCGUCUUCCUCAACUUCGUGAAAGUCCCGUACUUCAUUGACCUGAAGCGACCCUUGGAUCAGGGCCUGAACCACACACACAACUUCUACCUGGAGCCCGAAACUGGAUUCAAGAUUGGAGUCUGGCACACAGUUCCAGCGGGAAUGUGGCGGGAGGCUCAGGGGAAAGGAAGUGAGUGGUACGACGCCGCACUGCGCUCUGGCAGCCCUGCUAUUCUCUAUCUCCAUGGCAACGCAGGAACCAGAGGAGGAGACCACAGAGUUCAGCUCUACAAGGUUCUCAGUUCCUUAGGGUACCAUGUGGUCACGUUUGAUUACAGAGGAUGGGGAGAUUCCGAUGGAAUGCCGUCAGAGAGCACUAUGACCUCAGAUGCCAUUUUCAUGUACGACUGGAUGAAAACAAAGCUGGAAAAAGCAUCGCUCUACAUCUGGGGACACUCGCUAGGAACGGGAGUCGCCACAAACCUGGUCAGAUGGCUGUGUGACAGAGGAAGUCCACCUGAUGCUCUGAUCUUAGAAUCUCCAUUUACGAACAUCAGAGAGGAGGCCAAGAGUCACCCCUUCUCCACGGUGUAUAGAUACAUGCCUGGAUUUGAUUGGUUCUUCUUGGACUCCAUCACAGCCAAUAACAUCCACUUUACCAGUGAUGACAAUGUGAAUCACAUCUCGUGUCCACUGCUGAUCCUGCACGCUGAGGACGACGGUGUGGUGCCGUUCCACCUGGGCAAGAAGUUGUACAAAGUGGCCGCGCAGUCGAAGAGCCUCAGAGGUCACAAGGUCCAGUUUGUUCCAUUUCCAUCGUCACUGUGCUACAAACACAAAUUCAUCUACAGGAGCCCAGAGCUGCCAAACAUCCUCAGUGACUUCCUGGGAUCCGCCCACUCCAGCUGAUGACUCCAUGUUUUUCCGAAGGAAUUUUUUUUGUCACAUCAUUCCUUAUUUUUCUGCAUUCGUCUGAUCAGCACUGGUCCGGCCGUCACCCUGACCACGUGUUUUGUGGGGCGGUUGUUGGUUCUGUUGCUGGAGCUCGUGUGGUUGCGACACCUCCUACACUGUUUUGCUUAUUUCCACUUCAAAUGUUUCACUCUGGUUUUGGUUUGUUUUUAAGAUGUCUCCUGUUAAAACUUGAAUUAUUAAUUAAAUAUUUGUUUUGAGUA